AUGAAGUUGAGUCUAGGUAUUUUAACAGUACUCUCUUGCGUGUGGACUGUUGUCGCUCACAACGUGGUGCUUCCGUCCAGAGGAAAGCAGUGUUUCUUCGAGACCCUCAAGACGAACGACGAGUUAAGUGUGACGUUCCAGGUUGGAAAUCGUGUGGCUGAAGCUACCGAGCAACUGGAAGCGGAUUUCUGGAUCUCGUCUCCUUCUGGCCAAUUGCUUGAAAAGCUUUCUGAUGCUUCUCACGGAGAAAUCACAAUUAGAGCAAAGGAGGCAGGCAAAUAUGAGUACUGCUUUUCUAACGAAAGAUCCACGUUGUCCACCAAGGAUGUCACUUUUAACGUGCACGGAGUUGUUUACGUAGACGUGAACGAUCCUAGUUCAGAUAACCUCGACAGAUCUGUGAGGAAACUGCUGGAGCUGGUAUACGACGUCAAGAAUGAGCAGGGCUACUUGGUGGUCAGAGAAAGAACACACAGAAAUACGGCCGAGUCCACUAACUCGCGUGUUAAGUACUGGUCCGCGAUCCAGCUGAUCGUGGUGAUUCUGAACUCGGUGUUCCAGGUGUUGUAUUUGAAGCGGUUUUUCGAGGUGAAGACCACUGUCUGA